AGGGUAAUAAACGGUAAGGUUGGUAGCGGCUUUCAUAAAAUAAAUAAAGUCGAUCAACUGUCAGUGGACUUUUGUGUGGACGGCUGAUAACUUUUUGUACCCGUCUGUGAAAAUAACAACUUAGAAAUCAUGGGGGAUGGCAAUGACGAAGAAAAGCAGUCGCUGCUUUCUGGAAAUCGUAACAAUACCGUUUAUAAUGAAGAAUAUGAAUCACAACAUACAACCGUCUCUCCUAUCGGCCCGGAUGAACUACCGCCUCCAUUUUAUCAAGGAUCAGUGGGUGGCAAUGUUCCUAUGGUCACCUGUCGAGUAUGCCAAGCAAUGAUUGAUAUUUCUGGCAAAAGAGAUCAGCAUGUUGUAAAAUGUUGUCAAUGCAAUGAAGCAACACCAAUUAGGAAUGCUCCACCUGGAAAAAAGUAUGUUAGGUGUCCAUGCAACUGUUUACUCAUUUGCAAGAGUUCUUCUCAGAGAAUUGCUUGCCCAAGACCUAACUGCAAGAGAAUCAUCAAUCUUGCACCCAGUCCAGUGACACCACCUGUACCAUCUAUGCCUGGGAUGUGUAGAGUAAACUGUGGUCACUGUUUAGAUACAUUUGUUUUUAAUACAAUGAACAAUGCAUUGGCACGUUGUCCGCAUUGUCGUAAAGUGAGUUCGGUCGGACCAGACUAUGCUCGAGGCCGAGGAAACAUCUUUUUAAUAAUGAGUCUGAUCUUCUUGAGUAUUGGCAUCGGCAUCACUGCCGGCACAAUAUCGUAUGCGCGAUCGCACAAUGGCGUUUAUGUUGUGUAUGUAGCUUCGUUUCUGAUUGCCAUUUUACUGUUUUUGCGAUGUAUUUAUUACUACACGAUCAAGGUGAGCGCUAUUAACGGGCCCAUGUAAAUAGUUGAGGUUUUCACUGUAUUACAUAAACAAAGUGGGUGGAAUUGUGGAAUAUGCUUGCAAUUCUACGUGAAAUGGCGUCCAAAACAGCUGUUAAGAUGUGACUACUCGUGUGCUGGAUACUGCAGAAUUCCAUAAUUUCUAUCUGCCAAUGAAGGUAUCACAUUCUAAUCCAAACAUGUGAGAUUAAUUAUCAGAAUGCAAUGAAUUUAUUGGUAGAUACCACUGAAAUCAUACAAUAUAUAUACACACAUAUAUUUAAUAAUAGCAUAGCUUGGGCUACAAUAAGAAUAUAUUAGUCUUUGAUCCUGUAGACAAGUAGACCAAACUUCAGAAGACUUGCAAUGCACACUUUUUAUAAAAAAAUAAUUGAGUGCCGCAUAUAUAACAAGGCGGAUUAUAACCUUGAAGAUGAUAGGUUUUAUAGUUGUUGUCUUCUUGCGGAUCAUUUGAUUAUUUAGUAUGCCUUUAGGAACAAAUAAUUUCAUCAGAAUUGGGGCGUUGACUAAAUUUCUCAGAUGCAUAUACGAUUUUUUGCCAAAAUUGAAGUACAUACAUAAUUUAAAUAUAAUUAUAUACUCUUAUAAUUAUGUGUAAUCAAAUCAAUAAUCAAAUAAUAGUAUUGUAAGAUUUGAAUUAGCGGCUAUGUAUUCUGUUCAUUUAUUGAAGAAUUGGAUGCAUAUAUUAUCGGCUCGACUUUAUUUCCCAUCUGCUCAUCAGAGGGACUGGGGAUAUAAGUGAAUGUGUAAUUAAAAUAAUUUUAAAUGUAUGUGAUAACGUAUUUUUAUAUUUUGCUUGAUUAAAUUACACACAUUGAAUGCAA